AGAGGCAGGACCGCUACAGCGGGUGUCGGGAAGAAGAUGUGAGUCGGCCAUUCUGAGGAGAACCCAAACUGACUUGAAGGAGACUAGAACAAACUAGAAAAGAAGAAUGACGGAAGCCGCUCGUGAGGCACGCGUGCAGCGCUUUCUUGAGCGCGAGGCACUAGCCGCUCAACGUGCAGCUGAGGCUGCUGCGAAAGGAGGCAUUGUACAUCCUGAUGCUCUUCUUUACAAGACGACUUUGGAGACUACCGUAAGCGGUAAGAAGAAGAGGAAAAACAAGAAGAAAGUUUCGACCUUGAAAAAGCAAAUCGAUGCGGAAAAACGGGAGACAAAAGAAGAGGCAAGACAACGCCUGCGUGCUGCCUGUCCGAUAGGCCGAGAAGUAGGAUGGUUGGAGGUUUACCUCGAUCAUCAUCGAAGUGCGGGUCCUCGUGCGCGUGCGUCCAUUCCUGAACCUGAUGAUGCUCCUUGUUUUUCAUCCGAGGACCAGCUUGUUCCAAUCGAUGCCUUUCUCGCUGCGACAGACACAGACACUUCUCGGCACAGGAGAACUCCUGUGGAAGACUUAGAGCUCCGCUUUGCCGAAAAUUGCGCUGAAUGGGCAGCGUCUUCUAGGGCAGAAACAACACGUGGUACAACCACAAGUACAGGUCAGCACGAAGCAAGUAGCCACGAACCAGAUAACCACGAACCGCAGAUGAGUAGAGGCACCUCGUCGCUGCACCCCAAUGGCUUGUGGACUCCCCAAUGGCUUCCAGGACUGCUAAAUCAUAUUACAAUUGAUCAGCAGCAGAUUUACGUGAACGGAACCACGCGAAAGUAUGCAACGAACCUCGAGGCGCAAAUGAGAGCGGAUUUAAACACUCUACCAUGGGACGCUAAUCUUUUGGUGCCGAAUACGGUGGGUCCUAAAGCUCAAGGUGGUGAAGAUACAUCAGGACUACAAUCUGGCUCUGCGGAUCCUGGUACUGAGAAAGUGAAAGGAGGAAGCAGCAAGGGCUUAAUCGCAACCACUACAUUGGAUGGUGCGAAAGGCAAAAGCAACGGCGUAAGUGGUGGUAGUACUUCCGCCACUUUCUCCAAAGGACCGAGGGGAAAAGGAGGAUAUUACAUCGACUACAUCAACAAGGGCAAGUCUAAGGGACAAGUGCAUCGGAGAGAAAUGCAAGUUCCGCACUACGUGCAUGCACUGAUUUCCGAGGAACUUGAUGGCCUAGUGAGGAAUAUUCUGGUUGCGUUAAACAUGUACCAGGAAAGGGUGAAAGAUAUCAGCUGGAAAUUUCAGAAGCAGAAGCGACUGAUACUAGGCUUGAAAGAGAUCCAACGUGCGAUAAAAAGGAAAGAAGCCCUUUUGCAGGCUGCUUCUGCUUCUGGUGGUGGUGGGAGCACGACCACAGGUGGAGGUACUAUACCAGCAAGUACUAGUACAUCACGUGGUGCAGCAACAAGAAGUGGUCAACAUCAAGUUCAAGAUCAUGAUCUCUUGACUAAGAACGAACAAGCAGAUCCCGAAAUAAAUGCAGCUGCGAACAAGGCCCUAGUGGGUCUCAUUGUCGCACCCGACUUGGAAAAGCAUUCAAGAGGCUUAGACGACGUCGUAGAAACGCUAGUGGAGAAGUGUAGGGAAGCCAAUGUUCCUGUCGUGUUCGCGAUGAGUCGCAAGAGCCUGGCUUACGCUCUGAAGCGUUUACGCCAGAACAUGAAUGGGGUGUCCGCUGUAGGCCUGCUUUCGGUGGAAGGUCAGCACGCAGAGUGGAAGAAAAUUGUCAAGCAUAGCGAAGAAUUGCGAACAAAAUGGAUAUUGAAACAAUUGGAAGGUGAAUGAAAACAAGGCUCUUUGCCGCAUGUUGUAGAUAUUUGGUGCAUCUACGGUGGAUCUCCAUGAAAGUAUAUUUCCCGCCCCACUUUUUACUGUUCGUUUAGAUUCUCUGUGAUUUUCCCUUCCAUAGAUUCGCAUGAUAUGCGCCGCGGUAGCAAGUACUAGUUUUCAGGUUCAU